UGUCUAGAGGUGAGGGACAGUGUCCAGAGCCCUAUGGAGGACACUAAUUAUUUCCAGGAAGACAAGAAGUAAGAAGCCUCUUGUGCCAUGAGAGUUGGGAAGGUGGGGCUGAGUGUGGGUCUGAGGGACCAGUUAAGGCAGCAGGUGGUGAAUGAGAUAUUGCCAGUUUCUGAAGGGGAGCCCCAAAAUCAAACAAGAAGAAAAUCAUUAGAAGUGGAUUUAUGGUGACAUGGGGCCGUCCACCUGACUCCAGAGAGAUGUCCUAUCACCUGUCACCUGUAGCAGCGAGUGACAAGCACAUCCAAUGGCUCCUAGGGGCAGAUGGCGAGGUCUGGGUCUGGAUCAUGGGAGAAGGCCCUGGUGACAAGCCCUACGAAGCGAUCUCUGAGGAGCUGAUUGCAGAGAGGGCGCGGCUGCAGGCACAGAGGGAAGCUGAGGAGCUCUGGAGACAGAAGGAGGCAGAGAUCACCAAGAAGUUCCGGGAUGCUCUGGCCAACGAGAAAGCCCGGAUCUUGGCGGAGAAGUGGAAAGUGGAGAUGGAAGACCGCAAGGCGGCCAAAGUCUUGGAGGAACGCAUCCAGGAGGAAUUCAAGAGGAAAGAGGAAGAGGAGAGGAAGCGAGGAGAAGAGCAGAUUCGCCUCCAGGAAGAGCAGAGGGCAAAGGAGCUCUACUGGACCCUGAAGCAGGCUCAGCUGCAUUGCCAAGCCAGUGAGAAAGAGGAGCAAGAGUGGGAAGAACAGUUGCGCCGGUCAAAGGCGGCUGAUGAGGAGAGGAGCCGCCGAGCCCAGCGCGCCCGAGACGAGUACCGACGCCACUCGCUCCGUGCUAUCCAGAAGGGCACGGUCGCCGGCCUCAGCUCCAUGUUCCGGGAGCUCGGCCAGAGCCAUGAGCAGGAGCCAAGACUCUACCACCACCUCCCCGGCCCGGGUCCGCCGCAGCCCCUCGCCCUGCCGGUCAGCAGGACCUGGGAGCGCCCGCUGCGCCCAGUCUCCAGAGAUGUCAUCGUCCGCUGGUUUAAGGAGGAGCAGCUGCCUCGCCGAGCUGGCUUUGAGAGGAACACCAAGUUCAUCGCCCCCUGGUUCCAUGGAAUUAUUAGCCGAGAAGAUGCAGAAGAUCUCCUGGAGAACAUGACUGAGGGAGCGUUCCUGGUCCGGGUCAGUGAGAAAAUCUGGGGUUACACCCUCUCCUACCGCCUGCAGAAAGGGUUCAAGCACUUUCUUGUGGAUGCCUCUGGAGAUUUUUACAGCUUCCUGGGUGUGGAUCCCAAUCGUCAUGCAACGCUCACGGAUCUCGUUGAUUUCCAUAAGGAGGAAAUUAUCACUGUUUCAGGAGGAGAGUUACUUCAGGAACCCUGCGGACAGAGGGACAGCCCACCAGAUUACCAUCCAUUGUUUGAAUAAUAUUUUUUUCCUUAUCAGUUGGAUUCCUUUGGGCAUACUGUUUUGAACUGAGCUUAAGAACUUCUCAACUCAAAUUCUAUGGCCUUCUGGAAGAUCCACCACUAUCCAGAGGAAAAAGUAGAUUAAUAUGUCUCAAGGGAUAUGACAUCUAUGGCAUAGGGCUACUGGUCUCAUCCCAGUGAUCAGGACAGAAAUUGCUAAUAGCUCAUGCAACUCUUUCAUGAGGAGCUUAGCUAUAUGACCUUACAAGACAAAGCCUGUUUGUCAUGGCUUCCAGAAACUGAGCUUUUACAGUGCGUGGACCAUGUUUUAAUAAUCCAAAAUAAUUCCAGUGCCGAACCCUAAAUUUAACAUAUGGUAGACAUUCAGUAAAUGUUUGUUAAUGAAUGCACAUCUUCUAAAAGUUUUCCAACACAAAUUGGCAGUGGUUUCUCGUAAAUUAUUUCCUACUUGCCACUCUAUAAAAUCAUGGCAAUAAUGGAAGAUUAUGAAGGAUUUCUAUGGAGGACAUAAAUGCUGCAUCUUUCAUAAUCUCCAUUAUUACCCUAUUGAUGUUAUCAUUGGAAUUAUCUAAGGCGAGCCCCAGUUUCCAGGGCAGCUGAUUGACACUGUCCUGCCUUCCUUAUUUAACCUCUUCUUUUGUCACUCUCCUCUAUCUUUGAAUCAUAUCUUGGCCCUGCUUUUGCAAUGGUUUUAUGUAAUCCUACAGAUGUCUUCAAGACCUGGGGUGAGUUAUAAAUGCAAGAAUGAUUUUGAGAAAUCUGAUGUGGCUCUGCUCUCUGGGAUGUGGUCCUCUUUAUGCAGGUAACUCCAAUGAUUAGCUCUGUCCUCAUUGUCCUUUUAAUUCCCUUGUCAACUUAAUCUCAGUAUGUUCCUUAUAUUAACAAGAAGACUCACCCAAUAACUCCUCAAUACCUCUCAGUGAUGGUGUCUAUUGGUGCAUACUUGUGUUCCACAGUUAUGGCCAUAUAUACAGAGGUAGUAUAUGAUGAAGAGAAGAUUACAGUCUUUACAGUCAAGAAAACUUGGGUUCAGAUCCUCACCCUGGACUUAUUAGCAUUAUAAUGCUUGCAGCAUUGUGUUUGGUGAGAGGGAAAUAAUGAAGGGACUCUAGGGAUGCUAGGGAACAAUUUACUUUACUUGGUGGCUGUAUCAAACAUCUCCUAUGCCCCUCUUCUUCUCUUGCCUCACCUGUUCCUUAGAUUCUUGGUCACUUCUCUACCACAAGCCACCAGCACUGUAACCAGUUUUGCGUGGGUUCUGCUCUUCCUCCCUAUGUUGAUCAGUGUCAUGUGAGCAUAAGCCAGUGGUAGCUUGCCACAUAUCCUGUCUCCCGUUGCUGCAGAGGCAUAAGACAGAAGAGAUGGGAAGUGAAUGCCCCAUGAGGUGAAUCUGGGAUGAAUGGGAGUCACAGGCUGGUAGAUCGCUUUUUCCCCCUUCUUCCUCCUGUAGUAACUAUUCUGAGAGGCAUCUGUUUGAAUGGUCUUUUAGAAGAUAGUCCUGCAAGAUUGGGCAACCAGUCACGAUGAAACCAUGUGGUGGCUGGAUCAGUAUGACACCCCCCUGCUCCUGUUUGUUCCUUCUUCUCUGCCUUGCCCUGCUGUCUCCUGUUGCUCUGGGAUUGCACUUCUGAAUGAAGUAGCAGCUUGUAAGCUUUUGCCACAGGCUCUACCUUUUGGGGAAUCCAGGAUAAGAACCCAUCAUAGAGAAGUGUUCAAUAAUACCAAUUUUGCAACUCAGCUCUGUGGCUUUCCCAGGUCUGCCUGUCUCACUGCAUGCAUAAAGUGAAAUGAUGGAAGGAACCUCCUUUCUGAACUCUAACAUGCCUUAAUUGAUUAUCAUUAAAAUUAUCAUUAAAAUUGCCUUAUUUCUAUGGACUCAGAGGAAUGAUGUUUUAGUUUUGGCUCUCUGAUUUACCAACUAUGUGACUUUGUCCAAGUCAUUUAACUUCAGUAAACCUCAGUAUGACUGAAAAGGGAAUUUUCUGUAUGGCCGUCACUAAGUUUUUUUGCAGGUCAGUUAAAUGAUAAACAUGAAAGCUCUGUCCAAAUGAAAAAGGUAUUUCUAACAACAACCACAAUAACAACAACAAUUUAGUGCUUAGCCAUGAUGUGUUGGGGGAUACGAUGUGAUGAUUUUCAAGGUGUUGGAAGAAACUUUUGUUCCAAGAACUAACAGCAGCUUUGAAAGCAGACCAAGAUGGGUUGAGGCCCUGAAUCCCUGGGCUGUUGUUCCUGUCACCCCUAAUUAAUAUGUGAGAGACAACAGCUGGGUUUUCCAUCCCUAACACAUUUAUUUCAUUUUAUUUGGGGCCUGCAAUUUCUGCAUGUCUCAUAUAUUUUAGGUUUUACCUUUUUA